AUGAAUGCUUCGGAGGAUGGUACGAGAAACAGUUUGAACCACAGGCCGAAAAUAAAAUCAGUCAAUAUUCCUUAUUACUUUCAAGGUGAAAUGGAAGACUCCAUCAGUUUACAGAUCAAAUCCUUAGUCUAUGUUUUCCAUAGGUUCCAGAUAUCAAACUUAAAGCCAUUUUUGAAGAUCAGCGACCUAACUGAUGAAUAUGACUUUGACUAUCUAGGUAGUAACCAUCAUAGCAACUUCAACGGAGCCAACAAGUCGGCAAAUCAAAGGAGCUCAAUGAAUAGCAGAUCAAUUCUAAUGAAUGAUAAACUAGACCGGAUCUAUAACGUCGACCAUUUCAAAACGCAGCUUCUGAAUGAUCCCUACAGAAUACUGAUCGACUAUAGCAAAAAUAAGUUUAGAUCGCUACUUAUUUUAAGUGAAGCUCCAAGCGAAUUCAGCGAAAUACCCAGUCUCAAUACUCCGAAUUUCAACUUCUUGAUCUUGAAACCAGAUGAUCCAACCGAAAAAUAUGUUGAAGUCAUAGUGAAUAAAUCCGGCAUUUAUAGUGAGCACAGAAUCAACAAUAAAAUAAAAGUUCAAAUACUAUUGAGGAUCAUAAACAGGCAGAAGAAAGCUCUAGAGUCAAACAACGCAAAUUCUCCUGAAUUUUCAGGGGAAUUCACUAAGGAUGACAGGGCAAAUAUAAUAAAAUCUUAUGUCCAGAAGUUGGCAUUUUAUAUACAAGUACAGAGAAUAUAUAAGGCAGCUCUUAAAUCAAAGGAAAGAGAUAUGAAAAAUCAGCUGUACAAAUACUCAAACGACAAAUCAAUACAAUCAUAUAAGAGCUUGAAAUCCGAAAGAUCGAGGAUGAUACUGCUACCUGAGUCUACAACCUCACCAAUCAAAAACACCAACAUGAACGCUAAUAACUCUUCAACUGGAUUACUUCCAAACUCUACGAAUCAUCAAAUAUCGAUAAUGGAUCUUGACGAUACAGUGAACCAGAACAAUUCUGACUACCCUUAUUACUCAGAUACCGCUGACUCCCAAGCUUCUAGUAGCACGAGCAGUGUUAAUUUCGUGAAACUUUUUACACCCGAGGAAAAGCACGUAUGUUUCGAACAAAGCAAAAUGGCAGUGAGGAUCAGAAUAGAAAGAGAAAGAACUUUACUGUUGUUCUGA